AUGGCGUAUGCCGCCGAGUCCGACGAGCCGGUCAAGGAAGAAGGAUUUCAUGCACAAACGCCCAUAGAUCUCACUUUGGACGACAGUGAUGACGUGCAGCUGCAGGUGGUGACGCCUUCUACCAAGCGGCCGCGGUCUGUGUCGCCGGAGGACGACGACUCCUGGGCCAUGUACACGCCGCGGCCCAAGGUGGAAAAUACGAUGGAAUGGAUCUGUCUUGGGAUGGUCCAACAAGAUGUGCUGUGCAUGUACGGUGCCCCACCCGAGCUGCAUUGGGACCGUAUGGACUUGUUGCCCCCGGUCGACCCCGCAUGGACUCACCUGGGGUUCUGGGGCCAGCCAGGGUACAGACCCGUGUCGAUCCACGAGAGUGCGUCGUCGUCAGGAUCAUCGCGUGCGAACGAACUAUGCGUAUCCACUCUAUGCGCUCCACGGGAUGGGCGAGGCCAUCCAACUAUCAUCAACGAGUAUGGAAAGCUGUCUGCAAGAGCCAGCAAGUCACUGCAUCCUCUUUUACAGUUCCAUGCCAUUCAAUGCGUAUCUCGUGCACCCCUCAUUUCUUCGCGACGAGCGCCCAACUUUACACACCAGAUUGAGACGCUCAUAUUCACGCGCGCUGGCAAUAAGGUCAAGGUUGAACAGGCUCUCUUUCAAGCGGGUCUCGUGUUGGAGACACCCAGCACGUACCAGGCCUCGGACUACCCAAAUGCACCCAUUUUGGACAUUCCUGAUACCCAUGCCCCUUCAUUGACAUUGGACCAACCCGUGGUGAUGCCUCAGGCCACGGCCCAUGUUGUAGAAGAGUCGACACAGUCGCACAUUGACGCCAUUUAUGCUGCCUUGGGCGACACAGACUCACUGGAAGAAACCGAGGCAGGGCCACUUGUAUCCACACCGCUUUUUCCACACCAAAAGCAGGCUCUGUCAUUUCUGCUAGAGCGGGAACGCGAGCGCCAUUUUGAAGAGCUACUCGAGGAAGGGGCACCGCAGCAUAUUUCUCUCUGGACUGUAUACCGACGCAAAGGUGCACAGAUCGAGCAGUAUCGAAACAUCGUCACAGGCACUGUGCGUCGAAAGCGCCCCACCAUCUGCCGCGGCGCGAUUCUGGCCGAUGACAUGGGUCUCGGCAAGACUCUUACCAUCAUUUCGCUCAUCGCAUAUACCCACGAGAACGCAUGCAUCUUCCAGCAAAGCGCCCUUGAUCAAGGCGACGAUGAUGAUGAGCCCUUGAUCAUCGGCGAUUCACGCAAUCGACGAACGGCCGAGCAAGCACGUAAGGAAGAAUUGCGAUGCAAGAGCCGCGCGACACUUUUGGUGUGUCCGCUGACUGUGGUGUACAACUGGCUAUCGCAAAUCCGACAGCACUGGCGCUCGGAUCAGCAGCCGGAUGUGUACGUAUACCAUGGACCGGGACGCACGUCGCACCCACAGGUGCUGGCUGAUCAUGACAUUGUCAUCACGACCUAUUCGACGCUAGGCAACGAAUUUUCGAACCAGACCGUGUGGACCGCGGCCGCCGGACGCACAGACGAUGAUGUACAAGCCAAUGGACCGCGCUUAGAGGCGCCGAAUCCGUGCCAGCGUAUUGAGUGGUAUCGAGUCGUGCUGGAUGAGGCACAUAUCGUCAAGGAGGCGCGGACGUGGCAAUCCAAAGCCGUAUGCAAUUUGUCGUCGGCAUGCCGCAUUUGCCUGACCGGCACACCCAUCCAGAACCGCAUCAGUGAUCUGUAUGCUCUCCUUGUAUUCUUGCGGCUGGACCCGUUCACGGAUCGAGCCAUUUGGAAUCGCUUUUGCGGCGAUCGGGACCAUAUCCGCCUGAAUUCUCAGUCUACGGGUGUUCGCAUCGACCCGUCCUCGCUCGAGCGCCUGCAGGCUAUCAUGAAGUUUCUGACGCUGCGCCGCAUGAAAUCAGAUACCAAGCCGGACGGACAGCCGCUUCUUGCGCUCCCCCCCAAAACCACGCGCAUUGUUACGCUCCACUUUGAUGAGGCGGAGCGAGCCAAGUAUCAACGACUCCACUCGGAAUUUCGCGAGGAAUUCAUGGGAUACGUUGAUCAGGGCACAGUCGGUCUGCAUUACGCCACGAUCCUGCACGAGAUCCUGAUUCUGCGCAUGAUGUGCGAUCACGCUGAUCUUGUGAAAGGCAGUAUCGAGGCUCGGAGGCUGGACGUCGAAGAAACAGAGGACCUGGCGCGUGCGGUCAAGUGGUUUGAGGCGCUCCUGGUCAAUGCCAUGGCGUCAUGUGCAUUAUGUGGACACGAGUUUGAACAGGGCGACGCCGACGCGCUGCGUCGGCCUGUUGUGACCAAGUGCCAGCAUAUUAUGUGUUCUGUCUGUUUUGGCCAGCGCGCCGGUCAGGUGCUUUGCCCCGUGUGCGCCCAAGCCUUGCAUGUCGGCACAGAUACCAUCCAGCCACACACAGACGUGGUUGAGACCAUGUUCGAUACCCCCGAUGAUACCUGCACGGGGCCCUUCGUGCCGGAGGAGCCCAGCACAUGGCCUGCCUCAUGGAGCACCAAGCUCCGUGCGCUCAUCAGUGACCUGAUUCCCUUCUCGCGAUGUAAUGCUGCAUCGCAGCUCUACGACCCCAAGGCGCCUGUGCUCGACCACGUCGUCGAGAACGGGACAGUCUCCGUCGGCGUGAGCAAACACUCUGCGCCCAUUAAAUCAGUCGUAUUCUCGCAGUGGACGCGUAUGUUGUCCAAAGUGCAGCAUGCUCUGAUACACGCCGGCAUUGGCUUUCGACAGCUGGAUGGGUCCAUGAGCCGCGAGGCACGCGAGUCGGCGAUGGCCGAGUUCCACGACGACCCCCGUGUCGAAGUGUUUCUCGUGAGUUUGCGGGCCGGUGGCUUUGGCUUGAAUUUGAUCGCUGGAUGUCGCGCGUAUCUUUUAGACCCGUACUGGAAUCCGGCCGUCGAGCAGCAGGGCUUGGAUCGGAUUCACCGCAUGGGACAGCAACGAGCUAUUAUCAUGACCAAGUAUAUCAUGCACCAGAGCAUCGAAGAAAAGCUUUUGGUCUUGCAGCAACGCAAACUCGAGCUUGCGAACCAGGUGGGCCGCCGUCGCGACCGGCAGGAGGCUACUCGAACCGAGGACCUUCAGCUCUUGUUUUCAUAG